UAAAGACAGUGACGCACCAGUAGUACGACGCGGUGGACGUGAAACAGUAGUAGAUACGCACGUACAACGAGUGUGAGAAAAAUCUAAUCUUAGUUUGGACGCACAACCUCAAAUUCGCAGCCUCUGAACGCAUUUUUAUUUACUUACGUGUGUUUUUGUAGACAGUUAAACAUUGAUUAGUGAUAUAAAAGUAGUAUUUGAAGAUGCCAAAAGUGAGAAGGAGUAAGAAAUCACCUCCAGAGGGUUGGGAACUGAUUGAACCGACUCUGGAGGAAUUGGAGCAGAAGAUGAGAGAAGCCGAAACAGAACCACACGAAGGCAAAAGAAAACAAGAAUCUCUGUGGGCGAUAUUCAAAAUUCAUCACCACAAAUCGAGAUAUAUUUACGAUUUAUUCUACAAAAGGAAGGCUAUUAGCACAGAGUUAUAUGAUUACUGUCUGAACGAGAAAAUUGCAGACAAGAAUCUCAUUGUAAAAUGGAAAAAAGUGGGAUACGAGAACUUGUGCUGCCUCCGCUGCAUUCAAACCAGAGAUACAAACUUUGGGACGAAUUGUAUAUGUCGUGUACCAAAGGGCAAACUUGAAGAAGGGAGAAUCGUUGAAUGCAUCCACUGUGGAUGCCGAGGAUGUUCUGGUUAAUUUUAAGGAAUUUAUAGUUAUCCUAAGACGUGGGAAUUAUCAGUUGUAUCUAAAUCAAUUACUCUUGUAAAUAAAUGACACAUUAUUAUAGUAAUACAAACCAUUUUGUUUGGUACAUAAAUUCUGUACUUGAAAAAUCGCUUAACAUUUAUUCAAUCAUUAAAAAUUUAUUUAACCAUUACAUUCCACCUUUUCGACUGUAAAAAUCUGGCACCGCAAGAGAAUGGAGGUUCAGCGUUCCAAUAAUAAAUGACUGCCUCAUCCGAACAUUCGAUAUUAACUUGUAAAGUUUCUUUAUCCCUCCUCAUAAU